UUUAAGAGACAAGCGUUCCUAAACAUCCCAGAAAGACUUUGUCACUCAGGGAAUCAAGAUGUACCGUCUCCUCUCGGCCCUGAUAGCUCUGAGCAGCCUCCAGGCCUGUGGGGGGGAAUGUGACUUUGCUCAUUCCAUGUGUGGAGCACAGGCCUCUGGAGAUGUUGUGAUUGGUAUAUUGAUGCCGUGUCAUCAUAAAGUGAAGGCUCCAGAUAAAAGGAUUAGACCUGAAAGCUACCACUGCUCAGAUUUUCAUCUGCCGUCAUUCAUGAGGUCCUUGGCUGUGAUCCAUGAAAUCGAGGAGAUAAAUGCGGCUGGCUUCCUCCCAGGAGUGCGUCUGGGAUACAUGAUGUGCGACACGUGCUCCUUCGCCAGCACGGCGCUGCAGAAUGUGGAGUACAUGCUCGCUGUCAACAGGUCUCUGAAUGUGGACUGUGACUACUCGGACUUCAGGCCCAGGGUGAAGAUUAUUUUAGGGGCUCUGUCCUCUGAGGUGUCCAUCGCUGUGGCUCGACUGCUGAGUGUGUACAUGAUCCCUCUACUGAGCAGCACAUCCUCUGCACAGGACCUGAGUGAUAAGCGGCGCUAUCCAGGUUUUUUGCGCACUAUUCCCAGUGACAAGCAUCAGACCAAAGCGAUUGGCCAAGUGAUGCAUGAUUUCGGCUGGAACUGGGUCGGGGUUGUGUACGGGGACGAUGAAUAUGGCAGAGCAGCUUUCCAGAGCUUCCUCAAGGAUGCCGAGGAAAACAGCGUGUGCUUGAACUACAAGGAGGUGUUGCCCGAUUCCCUCGAUAAUUCACAGAGAUCGCCACGCAUUAAGCAGGUCGCCGAGCGCAUCCGCUCCUCCACGGCCCGGGUGGUGCUGCUGAUCCUCAAGGCGGUGCAUGUGGAGGCCCUCUUGAAGGAGAUGAUCAGGACCAACACAUCGAGGACCUGGAUCGCCAGUGAUGCCUGGUCCAGAAGCCGGUCCAUCGCUCAAAUGGAAGGGAUCAACAAGGUGGGGGACAUAUUGGGCUUCACAUUUGUUACAGGCAAGAAUGAAUCCUUUGAUAAAUAUCUCAAGAAUCUAACAGUGACUCCAGGAGGAUACAACCACUUCAUUGAGGAAUACAAGAACCUGAGAUUUAACUGCACCCCAGAAUGUUUCUCAGACAAAGCUCCGUCCUAUUGUCCCAGUCCUGAUGAAUUGAAAAUGAAAGCUGGCAAUGCUUGCAAUUUCAAGGAUCCCCAAGAGCAAAAUGAUGACCAUCUUGUAACGGCUCUGGACACAAGUCUCGCCUUCCUUCACAGACUUGCUGUGUGGGCCACCGCAAAUGCUCUCAAAAAGCUACUGAAGUGCAACGGUUCUUCAUGCCUGGGAGAAAUCAACUUCCCACCAUGGAAGCUUCUUGAAGAACUGAAGAAAGUUCAGUUUGAGUUUGAAAACAGCAGUUUCAUUUUUGACAAAAAUGGUGAUUUUGAAGAUUCUUAUAAUCUGAUCAUAUGGGAAAAGGAUGGAGACCACAGAAGAUUCCUAAAGAUUGGGAACUACCAUGUCCUCAAUAAACAAAUAGAAUUUGAAAAAAAAGAUUUCAUCUGGUUUUCAACAGCAAACACCACGAUCCCUCAGUCUAGAUGCUCAGAGCGCUGCGCUCCCGGCUCAUUUAAGAAGAUCCUGAACGCAUCCUGCUGUCACAAUUGCACCCUAUGUGUAGCGGGGACCUUUUCAGCUGAAUGGGACCUGCGUACCUGCCAAAGGUGUCCCAAUGGAACUUGGUCUCUCAAGGGUUGGACUCAAUGCAAGCAAAGAAAGGAGUCCUUCUUGCGAUGGAGCGACCCUCUUCCCAUCAUCCUGACGGCAGCCGCAGUGUUUGGCAUCUUGCUCUUGUUGGUUACCUUCAUUAUCUUUCUGGUGAACAGAAAUUCCCCGCCAAUGAAGAGAGCUGAGGUGAGAUUGUCCUGCGUGAUGAUGGCCGGUCUGUCAGUGAGCUUUGCGAGUGUGAUAUGGUUCAUGGGGAAGCCCAACGUUCAUCUGUGCCGGGCCCGCCAGGUGAUGUACGCCCUGGGCUUCACCCUGUGCAUGUCGUGCGUACUCGUCAAGGCCUUCCGCACCUUCCUGGCUUUCCUUCCCUUUGGCCAGCUGACAAGCAGGCGACUACAUAAACUCUACAAGCCACUCGUGAUCGUCAUCGUGAUAACCUCGCUACAGGGGGUCAUCUGUCUGCUAUGGCUGAUCCUUGAUUCUCCUGAUAUUGAUGACACACCUCCAGACCCACAAAGCAUGACACACUUAAUCUCUUGUAGGGAGGGCCACACAUACAUAGGUUUUGGUAUUAUGUUGAGCUACAUAGCUCUGCUAGCAUUGAUUGGCUUCCUCUUGGCCUUCAAAGGGAGGAAGGUUCCCCAGGAGUUCAGUGAGACAGGCAACAUCAUCUUCAGCAUGUUGAUGUACUUGUUUGUAUGGGUGUGUUUCAUCCCAGUAUAUAUCAUGAACAAUGAAAGUAGCACCACUGUGCAGGCUUCAGCCAUUCUAGUAUCCAGCUAUGGCAUCAUCUUUUGCCAUUUUUCUCCGAAGUGCUACCAAGUGCUUUGGAAGUCAAACACGGAAACACUGGAGAGGAUUCUGAACAAAUGGCGAGCCAUCUCUAGUCCAAAACAUGAUGUGGUGACAGAGAUAAAUAUAGAUUUCCCUAGAGUUACUUUAUCCUCAGAAAAGAGUGACAGCUUUAUCAUAUCAAGUACAUCACCUACAUCGUGUAGCUCAGGGACACUGUGCAUAUCUUCCUAUACUACACUAGUUACAAAACGCAAAAUGACGCGUAAGAGGAGUAUAUCCUGUUAAAACUGAUUCCAGGAAGGUUUGCUAUGUACUGCAUUGAUAUUAUAAUAUACCUGCUUCCCUUUUGAAUGUGAAUGUUUUGUAAAUGUGUUUUGUUGUUAAUCCAUAAAAAACUUUAUUAUACAGACAACCAUGGAUGAUUUGUUUGUAUUGUAUCCAACUCAUGUGAAAUUCAAAAUGAUUCUUAAAAACAUGUUGAAGACUUUAAGACACUCUCUGAGGAUGCUGCCCAUCAGGACAACAACCUGUUAUGUUGGGACUUUAUCUCUGAACAUUGCAUAUUAUUCAAACCUUUGCAUAUUCCUUGGAAAUGUUUUCAUUUGAAUAAAUUAGCUAUUUUCUAUUUU